UCCAGCAAGCAUGUGGCAAGUGAUUUCUGUCCACAUUGUUCGAUGCAGUACGUCGUCAUGAAGGCAUCGGAGAAAAUGAAUACGUGCUUACCCACGGCAAGAGGACGUCUUUCGGCCAACUGGGGUUGGGCGGUAGUGGCAAUGACCUGGAUCCUUUUUAUCAACAUGUUCGGUAUCAUGUAUUCUUACGGCAUUUUAUUCGUCGAGUUCCAGGAGGAGUUUGGGAGCUCUGCGACAUUUACAGGUUGGGCAGGAUCCAUCCCCAUCGGGCUUACUGCUUUGAUGGCUCCAGUCAUAAAGGUGUUCAUUGACCGUUUCGGCUACCGGCCCGUCGGCGUCGUCUGUCACGUCAUGGCAUCCUUGGGGGUCGUGGCGACCUCUUUCGUUCCAAACAUGUCACUUGUCUACCUCACAUACAGCUUGAUGUACGGGUGUGGUGCCGGCGGUCUUUGUAUCCUCGUACUUGGGCUUGUCGCAUGCUAUUUCUAUUCAAAGAAUAACGUCAGGGCAAUGGCAUUCGCGGUUUCUGGUUCGAGUCUCGGCAUGCUGACAUUCGCUCCCUUGCUAAGGUUGUUAUUUGACCGAUUCGGAUGGCGACCUUCACUCCAAAUUGCUGGUUCGAUGUACUUCAUACUAGGAGUCCCUUGUGUGGCAUCGCUGGUACCGCCCUCACAGAGAUCUGGUGAAAAUAUUUCAAUAUCGAAAGACGUUCAAGUUGCCUCGAUAAGGAAACUCGACAAGGAUCAUGAUCCGGGACCACCACUCCCGCAUGACGAGACAGAACGUGGGGCUGUUCAAAUUAAAGAAGUACUAAAAAAUAACAGAUCAGAGCUAGAAGGUGCAGAUGAAAACAUUCCGAGAGAUGGGUUAAAUAUUCGUCCCGGCAACAGUCAACGUUCCUUGUUUGAGAAAGAGACUAGAAUGAAACGGUGGCGAUGUCAGAAUUCCUGCUAUCCAGAAUUAGUUUUCAUCAGUUUGGCUGUAAUUAUUAACGGGAUUGUUGACUGCUUUUACUUUGUCAACAUGGUUAGUUAUAUGCUAUCACUAGGCUUCGCAGAGAAAGACGGGGCACUUUUCCUGUCUAUUCUGGGGGCGUCAACUGCCGCUGGAAAAACAAUCCUAUCGCUAGUCGGUGAAUGGCUCCCAUUUCCUACAUAUUACGUAAUGGUCAUCGCAUCAGCAGUGGGCUGCCUGGUGAUGUGCUGUUUUCUUUUUGUGAAGAAUCUCACAGUUUUGCUUAUCCUAGCCGGCGGUAAGAAUAAUAAAAAAUUCCACCUGAAGUGUACUUUAAUCCAAACGGCAUCCCAGUCAUGUGAACUAGCCUAA